AUGAGUGAAGAGUCGUCUGAAUUAAAUGAACAAGAAAUUCCGAAAGAAGUGGAAAGGGGUAUGGAGAUAAGGGUAGAUGAAAUAAUGAAAGCAAUGAAAAGCAUGAAAGCAGGUAAGGCAGCUGGAUAUGAUAGAGUAUCACUCGAGAUGCUAAGGGCUGGAGAGGGAGUGGUGGCAGGCCUGCUGUAUACCUUGUUUAAUAUGUGUUGGGAAUUAAAACGGGUGCCGGGUGACUGGUGUAAAGCAGUUAUAGUACCAAUAUAUAAAGGAAAAGGGUCAGAGCGGGACUGCAAAAACUACCGUGGUAUCGGCUUGCUUAGUAUUGUGGGUAAACUGUAA